AAAUUCUUGAAAUCAAACAACUACACCGGUCGGAAAAUAGUCCGCCUAUAAUUAGUGAAGCGCAAUACCGGGUGCGCAGUGCGCAAAAUUAAUUCUGUUAAAAUGGCGACUUCGAAGGACUUAAUUUCAAAGGACACAGAAUGUGUGAAAGAGACAGCAGUGUUUGAGUCAGAUUUGUUGGACGAGCUGCUUUCAUCACAAAAACAAGCGGCACAUUUUCUCGAGCUUGCUCGUUUGGCACUGCGUGAUGAUCCUUUCGUUGCGAGUAAAGUAGGCAUGACUGCAAAUGAUUCCCAAGACCAAAAUCUGACGACCUACUGUCUGGUGAAGGAAUACCAAGGGACAGCUUUGCAUGUGAUUCAUACGAUGCUUCCACUCAUUGAAACUGGAAUCAAGAAAAAGAGAGAGUUGCUAGUCAAAAAAGGAUUGGAUAAAGUAAUGGCGUACGUCGAUGACAUGGUCGUGAAGGCUAAAGAAACAUUAGAAGAGUAUGAUCAUAUUGCAGUUACAUUAGCACUUUUUAACAUAACACCUAGAACAGUCAAUGUUCUUGUAUAAACAUGCAUGUUGUUGGGUUUUACGUCGCACCAACGCAUUCUCACAAUCUUAAGUCGCCGGAGUGGUUCAAUGACAAGGCGGGCAAGUGGUUUGAAGUCAACGACCUUAACCACUUGGCCACGUACAUCCCUAAACAUAAAAGCAAAAUAUGUCUUAACAGGUAUGCAAU